AUGCCGGACGAAGAGGAUGGUCAUACUGUGGCCCGCGUCGUGCCGAACAUCGUGGAGGUGCAUGUGAAAGUCGCGGCCGCCUCGCCGGUGCGCCCCGAGCGGCGCCGUCCGCCAAUCACGCUUGCCUCAUACCACCUCCUUCCCCUCACCUUCACCACAAUGCAGACCGCUCGCGUUGGACUUGGAUCUGCGCUCAGGAGCGCACAGCGCAUGCCGGCCAACCAGCUUGCCCUGCGCCGGGUCAUGUUCAAGCGGACGGUCAAGACUGAGUCCUUGACACCGAAAGACGGCCUGGACAUUCUUAACGCCCAACGCCUCCGCCGCCCCUCCUCCCCGCACUUCACCAUCUACCAACCUCAACUGACUUGGCUUGGUUCGAUCGCCAACCGUGUGACCGGUGUUGGCCUCUCGGUUCUCCUCUACGGCUUCGCACUCGCCUACCUUGUCGCACCCGAGACCUUCAGCUCCAAGAAGGUCGUCGAGCAGACCAAGAAGCUGCCCACUUCGGUCAAGGUUGCGGCCAAGACCAUCCUGGCGGCGCCGUUCGCAUUCCACUCCUUGAACGGCUUAAGGCAUCUGGCAUGGGACUUGAACAAGUUCAUGACCGUCAAGGGGGCGUAUCAAUCUGGAUAUGCCGUUCUUGGUGCCACGGCUAUUAGCACCGUCGCGCUUGUACUCAUGUAA